AUGGCUUCACAUAUUGGUCCCUGGAGGAGCUCUGCUCAGGGCCACCUGAAGCCCGAUAGUAAUGGCGACUUAAAGACCGACUACACUCGCUGGCGAUUGGUCAAUGAUGACGGUCGCCAGACUUGGCGGUAUCUGGAAACCGACGAGGAGAACGCGGCUUGGCCACAGACAAUUGCAGAUAAAUGGAACCUUGGAUUGCCCACUGGUUUGCCCGAGCUGUCUGAAGCCAAGACACCACUUCAAGCUGCCGAGAAUGGCCUGUCAUUCUUCUCGCACUUGCAACUCGAGCCCGGCAACUGGGGCUGCGAGUAUGGUGGCCCCAUGUUCUUGCUUCCAGGUCUCCUGAUUACCUGGUAUGUCACUAACACCCCCAUCCCUCCGGAGUAUGCGACGGAGAUCAAGCGCUAUCUGUUUGCCCGUCAACACCCGGAAGAUGGCGGUUGGGGUCUUCACAUUGAAGCUCACAGCUCUGUUUUUGGCACUGCCAUGAACUAUGUGGCUCUGCGUCUGGUUGGUGUCAGUGAGGACGAUCCUCGUAUGAUCAAGGCUCGCGGCCUUUUGCACAAGUUCGGAGGUGCUAUCUAUGGCCCUCACUGGGCCAAGGCCUGGCUCAGUAUCCUGGGUGUUAUGGAGUGGGAGGGUGUCAAUCCUGUUCCGCCUGAGAUCUGGCUUCUUCCCGACUGGGUGCCUUUCGCUCCUUGGCGGUGGUGGAUUCAUAUUCGCCAGGUGUUCCUGCCUCUCUCCUAUAUCUGGUCCAAGAAGUGGUCCUUCCCGCUUAACGACCUCACGAAACAGCUUCGGGAAGAGCUGUACACACAGCCAUACGACUCAAUCAACUUUGCGAAUCACCGAAACUCCAUUCACCCCGCCGACAACUAUUACCCCAAGACCUGGCUUCUGAACGGAAUUAAUGAACUUUUGGUCCGCAUCUGGAAUCCAUUCCUCCGAAUCAGCGCUAUCAGCAAGCGCGCUGAGGAUUGGACUUGGGAGUUGAUCCGCAUGGAGGAUGAGAACACAGAUUACGCGGGGCUGGGACCCGUGAGUAAUCCCCUUAACAUGGUUGCCUGCUACAUUCAUGAGGGCCCAGACAGCUACUCGGUUCGCCGACACCGAGAGCGUUUGAAUGAUUACAUGUGGAUGAAGGAUGAGGGCAUGCUAGCCAACGGCACCAAUGGUGUUCAGGUUUGGGACACCACCUUUGCCACCCAAGCGAUUUCGGUCGCUGGGUUUGCCGAUGAUCCCAAGUGGCGACCCAUGUUGCUCAAGGCUCUGGAGUUCAUUGAUAAUCAUCAAUUGCGAGAGAACGUACCCGACCAGGACAGGUGCUAUCGUCAGCACCGCAAGGGUGCUUGGCCCUUCAGUAACAAGACCCAAGGAUACACAGUCAGCGAUUGUACUGCUGAGGGUCUACGGUCCACCAUCCAGCUACAGGAAAUGCAUGGAUUUCCCAAAUUGAUCCCAUUGGACCGCCUCAAGGACAGUGUGGACUGCCUGCUGUUGAUGCAAAAUCCUACUGGUGGCUUUACCGAGUACGAGACCACUCGUGCCUCGCCUAAGGUCGAAUGGCUGAAUGCCGCCGAGGUCUUUGGUGGUAUCAUGAUCGGUUAUGACUAUCCCGAGUGUACUACCGCCUCGGUAACUGCGCUCUCACUGUUCAGCAAGUACUACCCCGAUUACCGCGCUGACGAAAUCCGAGCUGCCAAGGAGAAGGCUGUGGCCUACAUCAAGCGCGCUCAACGCAAGGAUGGGAGCUGGUAUGGCUCUUGGGGUAUUUGCUUCACCUACGCUGCUAUGUUUGCCCUUGAAAGUCUGGCCAGCGUUGGUGAGACUUACAAGACCAGCGAGAAUUCUCGCCGGGGUUGUGAGUUCUUGAUCUCCAAGCAGCAGGCCGACGGUGGCUGGGGUGAAUCCUACCUUAGUAGCGAGAAGCAUGUCUAUGUUCAGCAUGAGAAGUCCCAGGUUGUUCAGACCGCCUGGGCAUGUCUGGCACUCAUGGAGGCCCACUAUCCCCACAAGGAGCCUUUGGAGCGAGGCAUGAAGCUGCUCAUGUCGCGCCAGCAGCGUAACGGGGAGUGGCUGCAGGAGUCAAUUGAGGGAGUCUUCAAUCAGUCAUGUAUGAUUUCCUAUCCCAACUACAAGUUCUACUGGCCAAUCCGUGCCCUUGGCUUGUACAGCAAACGAUUCGGCAACGAGGAGCUGCAGUGA